UGUUGAUUAGAAGGUGGCGGCGUUCAUGAUUUGCUAAUUCAAUUCAAUUAGACAAAUAUCAUCUGGAAAUGUAGAACCUUCGCAAAUCAGCGCAUGUUGUAUUUGGAAAGUCUGAUGCAGCUGCGGCCUGUCAAACAUCUUCCCUGCCAAGUUGUAUUUCAAGAAGAUUUUCUUAACUGUGUAUUCCAUGCGAUGUCAGGGUUUGCCAUUCCAAGUUGACAGAUCGACCGCCAAGCUCAAAAAUGAAGAGACUCAAAUUGCUCGCAACCGAUUAAGAAAUGGACGUUGCGUUCGAAGACAUGAUUUUAGUAAGAGUGAAAGUCUGUGAAAAGGGCAAAAUGUGAGCAUCAGAAGUCAGUUUAUGAGAAAUUCUACGAAAUGCCAGCAUUGCGGAAAGAAAAAUUUCUUGAUGAGUCUACAGCGAAUGAUAGAGGCCACAAGAAUCAGUCUAAGUCAUCGUCGGUUGAAACGAAAACCAACCAAACAAGUUUGCCUUUAGAACUUUGGCGAGUUGUAUUUUCUUACCUGUCCAUCAGAGAUCUUUGCAGAUGCUGUCAAACUUGUACAGACUGGAAUGAGUUAGUGAUAAGUUUGGACUCAACAAGAUGGAGAGAGCUUUUUCUACAACAAAAGUUCGCUAAACGUUGGAAACAUCCGAACUGGCCUAAUUCAACUCACAUCGAUCCAAAAUCAUGGCGCUCCACUUACAAGAUUCAUUCACUAGCGGCCCAGCAAUGGCUGAAGACGAGUGUAGAUGCAAGUUGCACUUUUCAUGGCGGAAUGCUGAGUUUGUUAAGAGGUCCAAGGCAAAGAAAAGUGAUACACGUAGGACCAGGCAGAAAAUAUUUCACCAUAAACAGGGCUCUUUCUGCAGCAAAGCCUUUUGAUAGAAUUGUUCUAGACGCAUGUCAUUAUCAACAGUUUCCUCUUGCUCUUAAAUUCCCGGUGGAAAUUGUAGGCACUGGAGAUCCAGGAAAAGUUGUUAUAACAAUGUUGAUAGAACAUACAGCAUCGUCAGCCAGAAUCGCUAAUGUCAUGUUGAAACCGAGUUACCCAAGGCAGAGAGGUAGGGGAGGAUCAUCAUCAGUUUUGAUAGAGGUUUUUUCUGGGCAUCUGCAGCUGGAUAACUGCUUGUUUGAGCAAGGGCAAGUUCACGUAAAUGCUCCAGCCACUGUCAACAUUCGCUAUUGCACAUUCAACUCUUCACAUGUCAGUUUCAAAGGAACUGGGUUCAGUAACGUCAGCAACUGCAAGUUCAAGCCAGACAGGGUUGCUGUUGCUGUUGAGGAACCUAGCCUAUCUUUAAAGACACGAAUGUUGCAUCCAUAUGUUGGAGGCUGGGUGGAAAUGGUUCAAAGUGCAAAUUUAAAAGAAUAUUAUAACAGAAAAGUGCGAUACAGGAACAGCAAGGCAAAAAUGUAUAGCGAAAAUGAGCUGGGUGUGAGUGCAUCUGCAGAAAGCUUCGAGUCGUCAGAAAAGUCAUCAGGGACUUUACUGGACACUGAAAAUGAAAACGAGACAUCUAGAGGGAAAAAAGGAGAGCCCGGAUACAGCGACAUGAUCAUAGAUAACAAUUAUGAUUGUUUUGAUGAUGAAACAAAAGGAAUAUUAAAUUCGGUUCGGGGAAUCAUUUUUACAAACAAUAAAAUAGAAGGGGGACGUGGUGGUGUUACGGUGAGUAGGCUUGGUCAUGCAUGGAUCGAAGGAAAUGUAUUCUCUGGCCUUGUUUAUGGAAUUCGCUGUAUGCAGAGUGCAAGGGCUGUCAUAUUGGCAAACACGAUCAGCAACUGCGAGACCUCCGCUAUUUUUAUGAGAGAGCAUUCUAAUGGGCUUGUAUGUGGCAAUCAAAUUUUCAGCAACGGUGAAGCGGGCAUUGAUCUGAGGAGUAACGCGAAUCCAAUGAUACAAAACAACCACAUAUUCACAGGGAAGCGGUCUGGAAUUGUCUGUUUAGACAAUGGCAGGGGUAUAAUUAGAGAUAAUGACAUUUACAACAAUAAAGAGGCUGGGGUUUACAUAUUGUACAAGGGAAACCCGGAUGUCAUGUACAACCGCAUAUGGUCCGGUCGUGCAGCAGGAGUUGCGGUAACGGAGGGCGGCAAGGGGCACAUCUCUUACAAUGACAUUUGCGGCAUGGAAUGGGCUGGCAUUGAUAUAAGGAAUGGCGCAGACCCGGUCGUGUCACAUAACAGGAUACGGAAAGGUCAGGCGGAUGGCAUCGUCAUUGGGGAAGGCGGCAAGGGCAUUUUAUACGAUAACGACAUCGAAGGAAACCGAGGUUGUGGGAUUUGGAUACUGGACGGUGCCAAGCCAGUGAUUCACACCAACCGCAUCAAAGAUUCUGGAGACUCUGGCAUCGCCUUCGUUAGCAACAGUGACCUUGACCACGAUUCGCAGCAGCUUCAUGCUCAGUUUUUGCAACAAGAACAACACCAGGAAAUCGGAGAAGUUGUUGAGAGCAGCGACGAGGAGGAAUUUGUCCCUCCAAUCAACGAUUUUGAGGAGCCGGAGUCACGUUUCGUACUCGUUUCUAGGCCAGACAAGAAAUUGCCCCAAGUCGAGUUCAAUAAGGUAACAAAGAACCGUGGACAUGGAUUGCUGUAUGGCGGCAGCGACGGAGUUGUUGCUUCGCGCAACACCAUAAGCUAUAAUAUGAAACACGGGGUCUUGUUAACAAGGCCAGCUGAAAUAUCACUGCAGGACAAUAACAUAACAUUCAACAACCAUUCUGGUAUUUGUGUGUUGCUCGGUGUAUGUUGCACGAUACAGGGGAAUGGCAUAUACCACAACAAAGAACAUGGUAUCCAAACUGCUGGCGUUGGAAUAAUUAAAGAAAAUGACAUCUUUGGUCAUAAAAUGGCUGCUGUUCACAUUAAGAUGCAGGGAGACCCCCACGUAACGAGAAAUCGACUGCAAGGUAUCCAACAAGAAUGCGUGUACGUGGAGGACAACACGCGGGGUUUGAUAGAGCAAAAUGAGAUUCACCACUACAGCUUCGUCAAUCCAAUUUACUACCAUCAGCACAGUCAAGUUCAAAUUGCUAACAACAAAUUUCAUGUUUUGAUAAAGCAAGAUAAUGACGGCCUAGAGACUGCAAUCGACUUGGAGUAUCUUAAUCUAAGCAAUCCUUCGCCAAGGCCAAUCAUGAAUAAUGAUAGCGAGAACAGAGGACCGUUCUUUUCCAGUCCAAAUCACGAGAAGAGAAGAGUAGACAUGCGUAGAAAUGUUGCUAUCAGUGCUUUGUGCUCUAUUUUGUAACCUCUAAAGGGUUCCUUUCAAAGGCUUCUCGCAACCUCGAGAUUGAUUUAAGCUCUUCAUAAGUACAGAUUUUUAUAUUCUCACAUGCAUCAGACCUUCAGCGUAACCGCUUACCAAUGUUUAUAAUCAGGGUCUUGUGUUUUGUAUUGGCUUUCGGACGACACUGCAAUGUUUACAAAUAUACUUUUGACAAAAUUGCACCUUCCAACUGAGUGCGAAGUUUUGAAACCUCUAAAUCAAUGGCCAAUAACACGAUGCUUUUCCAUCCCUAAAAAAACUUCACCAGCUGCAGUACUCUCAACUUACCAAGAAGCUGUUUAAGUGUGCGUAUUCAAUAAUGUCGGGAAAUGCUCAGGUUAUUCACAAUAAGUCAAUUACUGGAAGAUAUAAGUAGUGGUGGACACUUGGUCAAAUAAUGGGGGCAAGUCUAUUGUUUCGGUAAGGUGAUGUCACAUUUUUCCAUUGUUUUAAAACAAAUGACCAUUUCUUCCAAUAUAUUGGAAGGCAACUGCCUCUACGCCCCCCUCUCCCCAGGUGGCCGCUACUGGAUAUAAGUUUUAAGAGCUUAAAGGCUUUGACAAGUUGAAGAAAGUUACCUGAUCUAUAAAAAUAUGACAAUGCAGCUCAAUUGAAGGAAAUAAAUUUCCGCGUUUCCGACUGUGUUCACUUGAGACCGGUUGAAUUUGGAACGGUACUAAAAUAGGUACGGGUGGGCUAGCAACGGGUUUAUCUGUUCCAAACAACAAUUGAGUCUGGUUUUUAGACACUGGAGUUUCAUCAUGCGCCCAGGUACCCCCAUUUUUCCGAAGUGAUUUCAGAACCGCUGAACGUGGAUGCGGUCAAGUAUCAAUAAUUCUUUCUAAAAAAAUUGGGAUUGGUUCGGAAUGGUACCAAAUUGUCACAAAUGUCUUGUGUAAAUGCAGGCUCGUCUACUGUUCGGACACACAAUCUUCUUUUCACAUUGGCAUGUGGUGCAAAAUUGACAUGCGCAAAAAUGUGUGUCAAAUCGAUGCUUUUGCGGUAUUAGGUAUGAGGCAUGAAAAGAAUUAAAGUUGAGACAGCAUAGUGCUUGUCAGUUGCUUGAUUCUGACUAAAGGUUCUCUUGUGAAAUCAUCUUGCUGAAGAUCUUCCAAACAUUGCUAUUGUCACCCCGAUUUAUAAAAAUGAUGCUUUAGUGCUUUUAAUGUAGAUAUUCGUUUAAAACGUUAUUUAAUAUUUUUAGCUUAUUUAAAAAAAAGGAAUGAUACUUUCCUUUAAUUUUUUACAUAAAUUGUCGAGCUUGUGUGGAUUUUGUUAACGAAAACCUCUGGCCCUGUUAUGCGUGAUGGCUGCUCGGUAACUACAAGCUACCCUGGAUUUUAACUGUGUUUCACCCUCUUUCUGUACGGUUUAGAAUCAGUAUGUGGUUCUAACGUAGUGGCUUGUCGGAUUCCCAUACAGCAAACCUAUAAAUGUGUCUUACGGUGUUUUAAACAUUUGGAAAGAAUUUUUCGGGGUGGGGAUGUUAACGUGGGUAUUUUAGAUGCUAUUUGUCUGUUUAUGCCUUUAAGCAGAAAAUGAUGAAUAGAAAUGUCAGUAAAUCGUCAAAUAUUCGUUAACUUUACAAGCUUUAACAGUUAUUGUUCCCUUGUUUGGAAUUGUGUAGGACAGUCCGUGCAUUAGUGCACUAGUAUCUUCCCGAUCGAAAAUUUAUCAAGAAGCAUGGUUUUUUGGAGGGACGUGUUUUGAUUGGAGGACUCUUCAAGAGCUUGCAGGAGCUGUAUUUAAAUCUGCUAUUACCAAAACGCAGAUAUGCAAUUUCAUUCUAACUUGGCUGUUAGAGGAUUGCAUACACUUUUGUUUAAUUAGCGAUUUCCCACCAAAAUGGCGUUUGAAUAAAAUUGAAAUGUUGUAUGCAUAAUUGUAAAUAUUCGCUUUUGUGAUUGAAUUUUCGUAUUAAGGUAGCGUGCUUUCUUCCACGUCAGUUUCUCCUGUUGUGCAAUGAUAGGAAAUUGCUACUGUGGUAACUUACACGGAUAAUUCCUUGAAUUUUUAGAAAAGAUAAAAUGUAGUCCGCCUUCUAA